CACAGUCAGGUGAGCAGAUCUUCAAAGGAUGAUAGGAAUUCAACAGCUACCACUCACCGGAAAACACUCCAUACCAUUUCACACACCGGUUUCAGUUACCCGAUGCCAAUACAAACCAAUUAUAAAACCCGAGUUUAUCACCAAAAACAAAGACCGGUUUUGGAGUUCUUCAACCGGCCCGGUUCGGGCCGGUUGGUUUCUUGGGCUGGGUGAGAAAAAGAAAGUUACAGAUUUGCCUGAGAUUGUCCAGGCUGGUGACCCGGUUCUUAACGAACCCGCGCGAGAUGUUCGACCCGAUGAGAUCGGGUCGGAGCGGGUUCAGAAGAUUAUUGAUGAUAUGGUGAAGGUUAUGAGGGGAGCACCUGGGGUUGGCCUUGCUGCUCCCCAAAUUGGUAUUCCUUUAAAAAUUAUUGUGUUGGAGGACACUGAAGAGUAUAUUGGGUAUGCACCAAAGGAAGAGAUUAAAGCUCAAGACAGACGUUCUUUUGAUCUUUUGGUGAUUAUAAACCCGAAUCUUCAAAAGAAGGGAAACAAAUCAGCACUGUUUUUCGAAGGCUGUUUGAGUGUUGAUGGAUAUAGAGCAAUGGUUGAGAGGUUUCUAGAUGUGGAGGUAACGGGCUUGGACAGAUACGGUCAGCCUAUAAAGGUGAGUGCUUCAGGCUGGCAGGCCCGAAUUUUACAGCACGAGUGUGAUCAUCUAGCAGGGACACUGUAUGUUGACAAAAUGGUUAAACGGACGUUUAGGACUGUGGAGAAUCUGCAGUUGCCUUUAGCUAAUGGCUGCCCUAAGCCUGGCGUUCGGUAGCAUUAUAGUUGGAUGCUUUUGCCCAAUGUACUGCAAUUUAUGCAGAUUUUGUAGAAGAGGAUGAAUUGUAUUUCUUCUGUAUCAUUAUUUUAAAUGUAGCUUUCAAAAUCAUAUUUGUAAUACUAUUUAUUUACAUAAUUACAAGUGAAAGAAAAUACACGUUCAUGUGUAUAUUCAA